AUGGAAUCUUUUCAAUCAAAACUUUCAGUUAGUGCAAUGACAGCUAAUUUUAAAAUAUUUACAGAACCUCGUGGUUUAAUUCGUAUUCUUCAAUUUAUAUUCGCAAUAUUUGCAUUUGCUACAGCAUGUAGUGGUAGUUCUUCAGUAAUGUUCGCCAGUAAUAAGGACAAUAGUUUAAUAACUGCAUCUUGGUCUUAUCCUUACAAUUUAAAAAAUACACCAAUAAUGUUUACAUCUAACAAUACCGUUCUAAAUAUGAUAUCGACAGCAAAUGAUGUAAAACCAUCAGCUGAAUUUUUUGUAUUUACAGGUGUUACAUCAAUGUUAUUAUCACUUGGAUUUGCUAUUAUUUAUGUUCUUAUGGAUCAACGAUAUCGUAAUGAUGGACGUUUGCCUUUAAUUGAUUUGAUUAUAAUAUUAAUUUGGUCUAUUUUUUGGAUUGCUGGAAGUUCAGCAUGGGCUAAAGGUGUAUCAAAUAUUCGUACGCAAACUAGUUGGGAAAAUGUAGCUCAACGUUCAGGUGUUUGUCCAGAUUUGGCACAAUGUCCAGAAAAUUAUUCUGGUACUUAUGGAAGUAUAAUCGUAUCUGUUAUAUUUGGUUUUUUAAACUUCAUACUUUGGAUUGGUAGUGCUUGGUUUGUUUAUAAAGAAACAAAAUUUUUUACUAAUCGUACAGAACAACAACAACAACAACAACAACAACAACAACAACAACCAUCAGGUGAACCCAGUAAUUUUACUAAUAUUGGUUCACCUACUAUGCAACAACAAUCAGUCUUUCGAUAA